UUUCUCCAUAGGCUUGGGAAACAGUGAGACUAGAGUACAUGGAAGGUCCCACCAUUAUUUCUUCAUAUAGGCAAAAGCUAACCAACUAUUUCACCAUGCAGCUAAGUCAGGACCGAGUGACUUGGAGGAGUGCAGAUGAACUGCCUUGGCUAUUCCAGCAGCAGGGAAGUAAACAGAAGCUGCACGAUUGCCUUCUUAACCUCUUUCUGUCUCAAAACCUCUAUAAAAGAGGACACUUUGCUGAGUUGCUGAGUUACUGGCAGUUUGUUGGCAAAGACAAAAGCACGAUGGCAGCAGAAUACUUUGAUUCAUUGAAGCAGUAUGAGAAAAAUUGUGAAGGCGAGGAGAGCAUGAUUUGCUUAGCUGACCUUUAUGAAACCCUGGGGCGAUUUCUCAAGGAUCUAGGCCUUCUCAGUCAGGCUGUGGUGCCUUUGCAGAGGUCUCUAGAAAUUCGAGAAACAGCUUUAGAUCCAGAUCACCCACAAGUAGCUCAGUCCCUCCACCAACUAGCGAGUGUGUACGUGCAGUGGAAGAAGUUUGGCAAUGCUGAACAACUAUAUAAACAGGCAUUGGAAAUCUCAGAAAAUGCCUAUGGUGCGGACCAUCCACUUAUUGCUCGUGAACUUGAAGCACUUGCAACUUUGUACCAGAAACAAAAUAAAUAUGAACAAGCUGAACAUUUUAGAAAAGAAUCUUUUAAAAUUCGUCAGAAAGCUACAAGGAGAAAAGGCAACUUGUAUGGAUUUGCCCUUUUACGUAGACGGGCCCUACAGUUAGAAGAGCUCACGUUAGGUAAGGAUACACCUGACAAUGCUCGGACCCUCAAUGAACUGGGUGUGCUCUACUAUCUUCAGAACAACCUGGAAACAGCUGACCAGUUUCUGAAGCGUUCCUUGGAGAUGAGGGAGCGAGUUCUAGGACCAGAUCACCCUGACUGUGCCCAGUCUUUGAAUAACCUGGCAGCUCUAUGCAAUGAAAAGAAACAGUAUGAUAAAGCAGAAGAACUUUAUGAAAGAGCCUUAGACAUUCGGAGACGAGCAUUAGCUCCUGAUCACCCUUCUUUGGCUUAUACAGUGAAGCAUCUUGCAGUCUUGUAUAAGAAAAUGGGGAAACUUGACAAAGCUGUACCUUUGUAUGAGCUGGCUGUUGAAAUCCGGCAGAAAUCCUUUGGCCCAAAGCACCCUAGUGUAGCUACUGCCUUGGUGAACUUAGCUGUUCUUUAUAGCCAAAUGAAAAAACACAUUGAGGCCUUGCCAUUAUAUGAAAGAGCAUUAAAGAUUUAUGAGAACAGCCUGGGUCGGAUGCAUCCUCGAGUUGGAGAAACAUUAAAAAAUUUAGCUGUGCUUAGCUAUGAAGAAGGGGAUUUCGAAAAAGCUGCUGAACUAUACAGAAGGGCAAUGGAAAUAAAAGAAGCAGAAACGUCUCUUUUGGGUGGAAAAGCUCCUUCCCGACAUUCAUCAAGUGGAGAUAUGGUUAGCUUAAAAACAACCCAUUCUCCUAAUGUUUUCCUUCAUCAAGGACAAAGGUAAUAGCAGCAACUGCAAUUCACUGCAAAUGCAACUUAGGAUAAAAUAAUUAAGAAACAUUUGGAACAUUAGAAUUUAAAACUUAUAAAAAUAGUUUUUAAGAAAACUUAUUUUUGUGUGAUUUAACUGAUAUUUGUAUGAAAUUGUAUUGGACUACAUUGAAGUUUGAGUCGAUUGUUUUGAUUUUAGUUCUUUAAAAGAAUUAAUUUUCCUGUUGUGUGG